UUCCUGCUUCAGUCGUAAGUGGGUUGAAAAUGGUGGGUCGUGUAGAUGGUGAUACACCUCUUGAUUAUGCUGAAAUCCAGAUUUUUCCAGCCCAGAACAGGUAUGAGGCGAGUGUUUGUAGCAACGGAAACAUAGAAAAUUUGGAAGCUGGGCUUCUAGAAUUACUAUUGCCACAUUUACCAAAAGUAAAGGAAUUGUAUUCUAAAGGAUCAAAUUCUACAUUCAAACUUUCACUAUUGGGAAAUCUGAAUGCUGCACCUUGGUUUACAAAGUCAACUUUAAACAGAUUCUUACAGAUUGCUAGUUCGCCAGAUUUGGUACAUGUCACCAGUUCGAUUAAAGAUGAGAUGUCCCAAUUGGAGGAAGCCAGAAAGUUUCAUCUGUCUUUGUAUGGGCAGCCUGAGGUCGAGAAUGCAUCAUCAGAUACUUCAAAGAAUGAGCUUUUGCGAGCUAUGGACUUGAGGCUGACAGCAUUGAGAACGGAAUUAGCUGCUAGUUUCUGCAAAGAUGCUUGUUCUGUAUGCUCAACCAAAGAGAUUUUUGAUUUGGCCAAAUUUACUGAACACUUUGGAGGAACGGAUUUAAAGAACUCUAUGCACAAUUUUUUGGAGGUGAAUCAAGAGAGCGAAAGUGGGCAUCCUCAAAACGAGGGCAAGGGCUCAUUAACAGGCCAUUCAAGGAAUGAUGAAAAUAAGACAGACAGAGAUGUUCAGAUAUCAAAACCAAUGUAUUCAGACACACCAGUGAAGUACGGCGUUUCACCUGCAAAAGCUGCUCAGGUUGAGCGACAGACUUCGACAGAAAGUGAAGAGUCUUCUGAGUCGAGUGAUGAGGACAGACCAUCUGCAGAAAGAAGUCGAGCUCUAAUAAGAUCUGCAUCACCCAGAAGGUCAGCAUCUCCAAUGCGGAGGGUACAAAUAGGAAGAGGUGGAUCUCGCAGGGCAGCUGCAUUGACCAUUAAGAGCCUAAGCUAUAUUCCAGCUCGAGAUAAGAGUUUUCCGUAUAGAGAUUUAGCUGGAAAUAGUAGUGAGGAGGAGGGAUCUGAGCAAGCAAACAAAAAACCUGAGACUCAUGUACGAAGGAUGUCUGUUCAAGAUGCAAUAAAUCUUUUUGAAAGCAAGCAAAGGGAUCAAACUGGAGAUAGUCAAUUAAGGAAAUCAUUAUCAAAUAUAUCAAUAUCUGCAAAUAAAACUGUGCUGAGAAGAUGGAGUGCAGGAAUGGGAGAUGCUUCUGCUCCAUGCCAACCUGAACCUGAAGACUUUGGUCCUAUGACUUCUGAUGAUGUAGCAACUGAUGAGAAUUUGAAGUAUACAGCAGAAGUGAAAUCAGAGUCGGAAACUGCACCCACUGGCGAGGAGGGCGUUGAAACCCCUGAAAUUUAUGUAAAUUUAGAAAGAUUGGAAAAGAGUUCAUCUGACCCAAUAGACAUCCAAAAAGAUACUAACAUGGCUAGCGAAGAAGAGAACAGUAUCAAAAAAUCAACGGCAGCAACUGAAUGGAAUCGACGCAAGGAAGCAGAGUUGAAUCAGAUGCUGAUGCAAAUGAUGGAAUCUAAGCCUGUCAACUAUACAAAGACACAAAAUAGCAAAAAACAAAGUGUUCCUUCUGGACAGAGAGGUGGAUUUUAUGAUCACUACAAGGAGAAGAGGGAUGAAAAGCUGCGAGGUGAGAAUUCUAGGAAGAAAGCAGAGAAAGAAACUCAAUUUAAAGUGAUCCAGAAAAUUCUUGACGAGAGGAAAGCUGAAAUGGCUUCUAAAGAUGUGAAUGAUGUUGAUAAAAAUUCUGCUGUGCGGAAGUCCCAAAAAUCACUUAGAAAUUCACCUCAACCAGCAAACCUCAAAAAGGAAACUGUAAAAGCAUCUGCCGUAAAGAAGAAUUCGCCUAGAACAUCACCCUUGCCUCCCACACGCAAGUCGUGGCCAUCAACACCACUGGCAAGAGCCGCAGGCACGUCACCAGCUAAAACUCCUCUUGGCAACUCUUCUGCUGGUACUACCCCGACACGUCGGAAAACGCAGCAAACAUCAUCACUUCCUCGAGUUAGCCCCAAAGUGGAAAGGCCCCAGCAGCCACAAAGAAGUGUGAGGGAACCUCUGGUUGAAAGUGGCAAGAAUACGAAGAACGUGAAAGGUGUUUCUGAGAAGCCGCAGCAAGCACUGAAAAAGAGUACUAAAACAACAAAAGUGAAAAAGGUGACAGCUUCUGAGGAUUGUUCAGAUGUAGUCCCAGCAAAGCCUGGUUUGUAUAACAAGGUAACCAGAAAAAGCACUGUAGUGCCUGUGGAAACAAAACCUUUUCUUCGGAAGGGUUCGAGGACUACCCCUGGUGUCAGUCCUACCCCUGGUGUCAGUCCUACCGUUAACAAGACAAAAGGUCCUUCCCAAUCCGAAGAAUCUUUGAAAAACAGUGGGACUAUCACUGAGGCACGAGAAACUGAGGUGGUUGCUAGUGUUUCCGAACUGGUGAGUCAGCAUGAAGAGGGGGAUGUCACACCAUUAGAUAAUCCGGAUGCUGCCAUGGAAUUAGAAGCUCCUGUACAUACCAACCAGGGAUUUAGUGGGGUAGCCUGCUGA